ACGCGGCCUCUGAAGACGUUAUUUUUUUCUUGAUAGAGAGUUAAAUUCUCGUCUCUAUAGUUUGAGUUUUAUUGUAUAUGAUGGGAAUGUCCAUCUCUGAAUUGCUUACGAAUCGCUUGGAUUUUCUACCAGUACAGUGAUGAGUUUUAAAGACAUUUGUGACAAGAAAUAUUUCUGCGAAUUUUUAUUUGCAAGACAUUGAACGAUUAUUGUGCAGAUAUUACCGAAUUUAACUGAGAUAAUUGUGCACUUUACAAUUCCGAUUAGAAGGUCAUCGUUCACUCCACUUGACGAAAUUAUCCGCAUUACAAAGACGAAGCAAUGAAAACGGGAGGCUACAAACAGUACAUUGAGUCGUUCAUUUUGUCGCUGAAGAUUUGCAAGCCAAAGUCAAGCCAAUCUGAUGAACAUAAUGUAGAGGUUCCAGCGGCUGAUGUUGAAAGUGACAAUAAACGAGAUUCUUGGGGAAAUGGUUGGGAAUUUCUGAUGUCUUGCAUAUCUUUAUCAGUGGGACUGGGCAAUGUAUGGAGAUUUCCAUUCACCUGCUUAGACAAUGGCGGUGGUGCGUUUGUUAUACCCUACGUUAUCGUGCUAUUUUUGGUAGGCAAACCAGUAUAUUAUCUAGAAAUGGUUAUCGGACAGUUCUCCAGCAGAAGCAGCAUCAAAGCAUUCGAUUUGUGCCCUAUAACAAGAGGAAUUGGCGUUGGACAAGUUCUUGCAACAACCAUGGCCACCGGUUACUAUGCAUCUAUAUUGGCAAUCAUAAUUCGCUAUUUCGUUGCAUCGUUUUAUCCAGUGUUGCCAUGGAGUCAUUGCAAAAGUGAGUGGGGUGGUGGAACAUGCAUCGAUUCUGCUUCUUCAGAAGUAUACAACCGAACCACUGAUGCUACCUCAUCGGCAGAAUUGUAUUUUUAUAAAGAAGUUCUAAAGGAAAAAGAAACGAUUUUGGAUGGUGCUGGCGCGCCCGACUUACAACUAUCUAUGUACUUAGGUUUGGCAUGGAUCUUAGUGUCGUUGAUCAUGGUUAAGGGAAUCAAAAGCUCUGGCAAAGCGUCGUACUUCUUAGCGAUUUUUCCUUAUGUUAUCAUGGCGGUUUUAUUUGUCCGUGCCGUUACUUUACCUGGUGCAGCCAAUGGUAUUGCGUACUUAUUCAAGCCGCAAUGGAAAGAGUUAACCAAUCCGAGGGUCUGGUACGCUGCAGUGUCGCAGGUGUUUUUUUCGUUGGCAAUUUGCUUCGGAAACAUCAUAAUGUUGUCCUCUUACAACAGAUUCUCGCAUAAUAUUCACAGAGAUGCGACUGUGGUCACAUUGCUAGACACGUUCACAUCACUCUUUUCAGCGACGAUAAUUUUCGGAAUUUUGGGUAAUUUAGCUUACGAAAACGGUUCCGACGACAUUCAAUCAGUGGUGGCCGGUGACACCGGCCUAGCGUUUGUGUCUUAUCCGAAUGCAAUUUCAAAGUUUCAAACUGUGCCGCAGUUGUUUUCGGUUCUAUUUUUCUUUAUGCUCUUCGUCCUGGGCAUCGGCAGUAAUGUCGGCAUGAACUCUUGCUUGUACACUGUAAUUAAGGACCGAUUUGUGCAUUUGGCACCGUGGAAAAUUGUUGUGCCCGUAGCCAUUGCACAGUUUUUCAUCGGACUGAUGUAUGUAACUCCGGGCGGUCAACAUUUACUUCGGUUCAUCGAUUUUUACGGUGUGUCGUUCAUUGCAUUCCUAUUGGGCAUCUCUCAAAUGAUAACGUUCGGUUGGAUAUACGGUGUGAAUCGAAUAGCGUUGGAUAUUGAAUUUAUGUUGGGCAUAAAGACGGGAUGGUAUUGGAGACUAUGUUGGGCAAUUAUUACACCGGCACUAAUGACAGCCAUUUUCGUUUACAAUCUGAUUAUGUUUGAGCCGGUGACUUAUAAGGGCCACGAAUAUCCACAUUAUGCGUAUGCAAUCGGAUGGGUAAUAUCUGCUGUGGGUAUUAUGCAGUUACCCUUCUGGGCGCUGUAUGCUGUGUACCAACAAAAAGGUGACACUCUCAUGGAGAAAAUCAAAGGGGCACUCAAGCCAACAGACGACUGGGGUCCAAAAGAUGCAGAGCUGAAGCGUACAUAUGACCAAAUGAUAUCGUCUCAAUCGAAGACGACGACGAUAUACGACAAGAUUAAAAACAAUAUUUUCGGAUAAGUUUGUUUGAUUGAUUCAUUCAUUCAUCGGAUAAUUCUUCAGAUGCGCACACCGAAAGCUGAUCUGGCAUUUAUGUUUAGCUCAAUGUUUUGCAUUGUUUAGGUAAUCGAUCGACAGAAUUUAGUAAAAAACUGUAGUAAAAGUAAAAUUUUUUGUUUCUA